GCACACGACCUCCAACUCAUCCUUCCCGCACAUUUCUCUCUGACCCGCAUAUAGUCCUGCGAUUGCGGUUUCCCUGUUUCUGUAGUUUUCAUUCCGGAGCGAACUUGCGAAAUUGACAAAAGAAUUUGAUCCAGUUUUCUUUCUGUAUCCUUUGAGCAGUUGCGCUUAAUCCAUUUUAUCAAAUGGCUUCGUCUGUGUUCUACAAGUUCAAGUCGCAGAGAGACGAGUCUCGCAUCACGUUCGAUGGCACUGCUCUCUCUGUUUUUGACCUGAAAAAGGAGAUCAUCCUCGCAAACAACCUCGGUAAGGCUAACGACUUCGACCUCUACGUCUACGACAGCACCGGAAAGCAAGAAUACAACGAUGACCACUUCAUGAUCCCUCGCUCAUCUUCGAUCAUUGUAUCACGUCGUCCCGCGGCCCGCCCCGGAAAGGGCAAAGCUGCCAUGUAUCUCGCCGGGUCGAACGGCUCUGCGUCUGUUCCGACCUCUGAUGUCAACAAAGGAGGUAGCGGAGGCACCUGGUACAGGGGUGCCAUGUCUAAACGUUUCGAUGCACGAGACACCUCAGCAGCUCCGACAGCAAAGUCAACUCCUCCCCCAAUCAUACCCAAGUCAUCGGUAACCAAAGACGACGAAGCCGCCGCGAUGGCAGCCAUGUUCCAAGCCCAAUCGGCAAAUUGGGAGGAAACUCAAGAAAAGAUGUCUCAGUUGGUGGCGCCCUUUGUUGGGUUUCUCAUUGCGACUCGCAUCCACAAUCAACGGGGCACGGCCUUUGGCAACAGGGGAGGGAAACCUCAUGUCCCCUUUGAGCGUCAUCAGCCCGAACGCCCACUGCCUCCCAGUUAUGUCUGUUAUCGUUGUGGUAAAAAAGGUCACUGGAUACAAGAUUGUCCUACUAACAAUGAUAGAGAUUUCGACAACAAGCCAAGGAUCAAACGGACUACCGGUAUCCCUCGAAGUUUCUUGAAAGCAGUAGAUAAUCCCGACAGCGCGGACCUUAAGCAAGGUGUUAUGGUCACUCCUGAGGGUGGCUAUGUCGUUGCCCAGCCAGAUGUAGCUUCAUGGCAAAAACGAGUGACGCGGAGCAAGGCGCUUACUGCUGCGGAUAUCCGCGAGCGGCCUCCAGCCGAUCCAUCGCUUGCAUGUCCGAUAGACAACAAGUUAUUUAAAGAUGCUGUGAAGACUCCAUGUUGCGAGACAUUGUACUGCGAAGAAUGUAUCCAGACUCAUCUCCUGGAACGUGAUUUUAUGUGCCCGAAGUGCAACAAGAAAAUUCCUUCUCUUGAUAAGGUUGGCAUCGAUAAGCCUAUGCGCAUCAAGGUCGCAGACUACAUCGACAAGAAGGUUGAAGAGAGCCGCAAGGAGGCUGAAGAGGACAUCGGGUCCAACCCAGCAGCGUCCGAUCCGAACAAUUCGGGGGGCAUCUACGGGGACGAAGACCUCUACUCAGACCAGCAGCCCAACAUGGACAUGCAGAUGAUCGUUGACUCGAUUCCGCAGAUCCAAGCGCAGAUCCAGCAGCUCUCCGUGAUGAUGCAAAAUUCUUCCAUCCCGCACCACAUCCGCCAGUCGACCGAGAUGAAGUACCAGCAACUUCAGAUGCAGCUGCAGCACGCUCAGGCGCUCGCCGCCACCCUCGCCGUCGCAAGUACCCUUCAGCAACAGGAGCAGCAACAGCAACAGCAACAGCAGGUGCAACAGGCACAGAUGCAGCAGCAGCAGCAGGGACACAUGGGCAACGGAUAUGGGGGUAUGCAAGGUGGAGGGCAAGGGCAGUGGGGCAACCCGUACGCGAACCAAGCACCGCCUGGCCAGGACUCGGCGUAUCAACGACUUCCCAUCAACAAUCGACGCAGAAACUUAAAGAGGGACAGGCCGUCAGACUUCUUGGAGGUCGGCGGCGAGAGCGAGAAUAAGGUGCCAAGGUAUUGGGAGUGAAAUAGAAGAUCAUGGGAUGUUUGUUGUAUGGAUCGUCGGUAAAUUCGGACACGGUUUAU